UGGAAUCUGUUAUUCACAUUCUAUUAUUCUGUGAAUUCUAUAGCGAAGAACGAUCGCGACUCAUUUUACCCCUAUUAUCAAAAUUCACACCCUUCCAAUAUUAUCUGGAAUUUCCCCCCGAAACAUUAUGCAAAUUCCUUCUGGAAGAUUCUUUGAGCUCAGUAUCUUACGCUGUGGCCAAAUUUUGCACCUUAGCUAUUAAAAAACAUAAAUCUCUUUUUAUUGAAUAACAUAUUAUAACAAUUUGUCCUGCCCUCCGAUGAUGAUAUUGCUGCUACAGCUCUUAGUUAAAUCUCUUAUUCUUUUAUGGUGUUUUAUUCCACUGGACCUGUAUUUUAAGUAUUGUAUAUUCAAUUAGUAUAUGGCCUGUUAAAACCCCAUAUCAGUCGUUUUUAUUGUUGAGGUAGAGAAUUAUGGAGAAUUUCUGGUUUGAUAUGCUGGCUGUUUGCCAUAAUAAACAUUGACUGACUGACUGACUUAAGAUGAUAUUUGCCAUGAAGGGAGGUGAAUUGGAGAUAUGUUAGAAAGGUCAAGGAGGUCUGAGCCUAAGUAAAUAAAAAAGUCAUCAAGUGUGCUACACCCUCUAUGGAGCCCAAUUGUGCUUUUUCUUUUGCAGCCUGCUUGCAGGGCCAGGUUUACACUGUGGAUCAGGUGUUUUGUGUUAGGCCAGAGAAUUAGCCAGCAAGAUUGCCACAGUCAUAUGUUUUGGUCAUGGGGCAUCUUUGAGAGAAGGCAGAUUUUUGUCAGGAAGACAGCUUGGAGGAAAAGGUUUACCCCCAUCCCUUAAUUGCCAGUCUGGAUUGGGGCAUGAGUGUGUUCUAUAGUUUUAUCGCCAGUUAUACCUCACCACAUCUAUCUAUCCAUGAAUUAUCUCUAACUAAUUCAAUAUAAAAUGAGCAAUGACUUACCAUACAAACACAAGAACUGAUACAAACUUUGAUAAUUUAAAGCAGAUAAUUUAAAACAUUUUCUCUAAUUCCCUUGGAAGCAUUAAACAAUAUGACAUAUGCCUCUGUGGCAAUCUUCCCUUUGAUAAUAAGUUCUUAAUUUAGGCAGGAUCACUGUGCUUCCACAUACCUUUUCAAACUAGUUUGAGGGGCAACAGCUUUAACUCCUGCUUUCAUUGUUUCCAUCUUGCUUAAAUCUGAUUCAGCAGGCGAACAGAAAUCCAUACUUUUGUAAAAUCAGGACCUCAAGCUUUUCAGCCAUCUUAAAUUCUCUCCUAAAUAGGGAAAGCUUUUCUUAGCUGCUGGCAUUACUGUUGCCAUUUCUUUCCAGUGUGGGCUUACUAGGUGGGCUACGCUGUAUUUUACAGUGCAACCCUAACCAUGCCUAUUCAGAAAUAAAUCCUAUUGAAUUUGAUAGGGUUUACUUCCAGGCAAGUGUGACUAGGAAUGCAGCCAGAGACUGCAGGCCCUGAUCUUCUAGGCCAGUAAUGUUUUUACUGCUGAGGUAUUGUGCAAUGUGCUUCAGCAAUGGCAUUCAUCUUUCCCUGCCAUCUUCUUCUCUACUCCACAGAUUCCCAGGUACUCACACAGAGGAAUAAUACAUUGUAGGUGAUGCAGUUGCUUCUGUAUUUCCAUAUAGAGAUUUUCCAUCCUAUCAGUGUUCCCGCUGAUUAUUACAACCCAAUGAAUUCAAGUGUGUUUGGGAGUUGCAAAGGCCCCCCUAUGGAUCUGUGUGAUAAAAGCUCUAGAAAAGGUUGCUCCCUUUAUGGUGGUCUGUAGCAGCAGUAAACUGGUAAUGAAAAUAUUAACGAGAGACUUGAUCACUUCUUUUGAGCCAAGCACAACAUAACCGUAACAGCUGCAGGCUCCAACUGUUUUCAACUGUCAGGCCCCCCUCAAACUGUUCCAUUCCAACAAUCGCAGCAGCGAUGACUGUGGAACAUACCAUUUACAACAACUCUACCUCUACACCAGCCAGGAGGAAGCCAUGCUGAGCACUAGAUCCCUUAUGGCUACACUGCUGGUUCUGGUACCAGUCACGGGGUCUCCUGUUCUGGGCCAUCUGCUUGUCCUUUGGGAAGUGUGGCCAGGUGAGAGGAAGGCAAGACACGUACUAGAGUAUCAACAAGUAUCAGUACCAGCGGCAAAAAAUUGUUCAUGCAAAACAUCAGGAAAUGUGAUCUUAGACCAGUCAACGCAGAAAAGGGGCAUCAGAAAUUACAGCGGCUUCAGAACAAAUUUGAAAACAUCUAGGAAGAAUGCUUACAGGAACUAUCAGCAUAAAAUCUUGCUAAAAUAUGUAAUAUUAUAUAAAAUAAAUCCAAAUCCAAUUACAGAUGGAAGCAUAAGUGUACACAUUUCAAGAAAACAUCUAGGAAGAAGUAAACUAAUUCUGAGAAGAAAAAAUUAUUUAAGACAUAUACUCAGGAAUAUUCUGAACAGAAAAUGUGAUGGCUAUGAAGUAAAAGUGAAUUGGCACAGUAUUUUCAAUGGUACUAGAAAGAAAUCUGAAACUAAAAGAAAGGAGCAAUUGCAAAUCACAUACUUAGAAAAUAGGCACAAGCCCAUAAGAGCUGGGUCACUUUUGGGUUAUAUAGCAUGUCAAACAAAUAUGAUGUUAAACGUUGAAAAAGCAUAUUUCCAAAAAGAUCAGGAAGGUUUAGAAAGCAUUGUGAUAAAGUUAGUAAAACCACAGAUACCAAGAGGAAAAGUGCUUACUGAAGCUGAGGUACUACGAAAGAAGAAAUCUAAGAAUAACAGUAAUAGAAUAUUCACUUCUGUCAAAGAAAGGGUCUUUUCUAAAGAGAACACAAAUAUUUACAGUAAAGAACAAUUCAGAAUGACUGACAGGAAGAAAGUAUUAAAUGUAGAAUGGAGCAGCCCAUAUAUGGGAUUUAAAAAAUAUGGUCAGUUCUCUAAAAGUUUUCAGCGGGGGACAAGCUUUCCUAUCAGAGAAAAUAUCAAGUUGCAAAAAUGGAAAACAAGAACUAAAAAUUCUAUGAAUGCAAAUGAGAAGUUUCAGUUUAUACAUUCAUUAAGAAGUAGUGCCAGCAAACAGAAAAUAUUCUCAGCACAUGAACCUCUAAUGCCCAAUAUUCAGCAAAUAAAGGAGUCUGCAUUUCCAAUAAAAAUGUACAGAAGCAAAAAAUUAAUAAAAUUAGCCAAGUGGCUCAAAGCUAAAGAAAAUAAAUCUGGGGAAAAUGAAAUAGAAGUUUUGCCAACAAUUUACUAUGUGCAGCCUUCCUUAAUAAGUCCUGCUGUAGGUGUGAAGAAUGAAGUAUUUACUUCAGAAAUGGAUGAAGCAAAGGCAUCACUCUACAUGACAAAAAUGCUGAAAUAUCUCAUGCAACCCUCAAAGAGAAUAAAAAAGAAAUACUUGAGUGUUGCUCAUAAGGGAUUUAGAAUUUCGCCUCUAAAAGCACUCAUGGUAAGAAAGCAUCUUGAUACGGAAGAGAGUUUACCAAUCUUGUUAUAUCUCUUUAAACACAUUUUUAAAGGUCCAUCGGUUGUUGAAAGAACGAAACGAUCAGCAAAAGCAGAAACGGUACCAAUAUCUGUAGAUGUUUUGACGCGUGUAACUUCUGCCCUUAUAGCAUGUGCCAUUAUUUUAGGAUUCGCUCUGUUUACUUUGGCAUUAGCAGCAGGUUACCUGUACUAUAAUAGAAGGCAAUUUGUUCCAUUUCUUGAAGCUGGUUUAAAAGGUGAAGAAUCGAAAAAGGAAUGGAAACACGCUGCUUCUCAGUGUUGCCCGCCUAUUUCUCUUUCACAAAAUUUUCAUUUUGGACAACCACAGGAAUCAAGGAAGAAUCAAAUAUUGGCAACAGGUAUUAAAACUUUUCUUAAGAGUGGUUUAAAAAUUUGUUAUACUACUGACAUCGCUCGUAAAAUAAAACAAAGUGGAAAUCAUGUAAACUACAAUCAUGCACUUCUGAUGAACAAUGUGAUCCUUUUCAUAGCAGCUACCAAAACAUGUUCCAAAGAGGAUUUUGUUAUUAUGAAGGAAAUAUAUGGCAGCUCUGAUACAGAAGGCAGUUCAGAAAUAUCAUGUAGAGGUUUGACUAUAAGAUCCAGAGCGAUUAUGCUUCCAUCUCGGUCCACUGACAGCAUGCAAUCAUUAUUUGAUGUACGUGAUGAUGUACGUGAUGAUGUCUCUUCCCAACAAUCUGUGACCAUGGAAAAUGGUUCCAGCACUGUCCCCCCCAAAAAUGACCUGGUUCCUGUUCCACAACAGCCGGAUAAUCAAGAGCAGAGUACCUCUAAAGAUGUGUCACCACAACUGAAGAAAACAACUAUUUCAAAAUCGAAACCUGAUAAUGAUCUCGCAAGAUCUGGUAAAGUAUUGCAAGGAGUCCAGCCAGACCAUUGUUUAUAUGAUGUCAAAGAACCAAGUACCUCAGAGGAUGUUACACUAAAGAAGUCAACCAUCUCAGAGCCAAAACCUGACAGUGCUAUCACAGAGCCUUCCUCUACUGCAGUGUCACAAACAGGCCAGAUGCAGACAGUUUUGAAGUCAGAACCUGGAAAUGCUAUCACAGGGCCUUCUUCUACCGAAGCAUCACAGACAGGUCAGACACAGGCAAUUCUGAAAUCAGAACCUGGCAAUGUUAUCACAGGGCCUUCUUCUACUGAAGCAUCACAAACAGGUCAGACGCAAGCAAUUCUGAAAUCAGAACCUGGCAAUGUUAUCACAGGGCCUUCUUCUACUGAAGCAUCACAAACAGGUCAGACCCAGGCAAUCCUGAAAUCAGAACCUGGCAAUGUUAUCACAGAGCCUUCUUCUACUGAAGCAUCACAAACAGGCCAGACACAGGCAAUUCUGAAAUCAGAACCUGGCAAUGUUAUCACAGGGCCUUCCUCUACUGAAGCAUCACAAACAGGUCAGACCCAGGCAAUUCUGAAAUCCGAACCUGGCAAUGCUAUCACAGGGCCUUUAUCAACUGAAGUAUCACAAGCAGGCCAGACACAGGCAGCUUCUAACACAGGACUUGACAAUGCUGUCAUAGGGAUUUUCUCCACUACAGUAUCACAAGUAGACCAGGCACUGGCAAUUUCAAUGUCAGAACCUGACAGUGGCGUCAUAGGGCUUUACUCUACCACAGUAGCACAAGUAGACCAAGCAUUGAUAAUUUCGAAGCCAGUACUUGGCAAUGCUAUCACAGGGCCUUUGCCCACUGAAGUAGCACAAUCAGGCCAGACACAGAAUAUUUUAAAGUCCGAACCUGACAAUGCUAUCAUACCACCACCUUCUACUACAGUAUCACAAGUGGACCAGCCAUUGACCGAGAUUUCUACAGUGCAAAAUCCAUGAUUGGUAUUUUACAUCUCGGUGAAUAAUUUUAACUCUUCUCACAAAUGUUGAUGGUUCUAUUUCCCACCAAACAAAUUCUUUGAAUAUGCUUACAGGAAACAUGGAGAAAUUACAACCUGAGUUUUGUGACGAAAAAGCCAUUGAAUAUUAGUAAUGUGUCUUAAGAAUUUUUUAAAAAAAUGUAUACAUACUAGGCAACAUAAAUUCUGAAUUAUUUUUCAGAAAUUAAAACUGACUAAACAUAGUGGAAGUCAUUUUAAUUUAGGUGAGAGAUGGCAGACAUUUUUGUAUUCAGGUUUUUGUGUGGACAGCAUGAGGGAAAGGGCCAUAGCUCAGUGUGGGAGCACCUGCUUUGCAUGCAGAAGGUCCCGUGUUCAAUCCCUGGCAUAUCCAGGUAGAGGUGGGAGGGGACCCUGUCUGAAAUCCUGGAAAACCAUUUGACCUAUAUUUGGCCUGACGUGGUAUAAGGUAACUUCCAGUGUUCCUAGUAUGGACAUAAUUUGGGUUCUCCCUUCUCAGAUCAAGAUAGAGAUGGCUGUGAAUAGACAAAUACUUAUAGUGACAUAAAUUAAAUUCCAAAACCUCAGCAGAACAAAUUCCAUUUCCUCCAGGAGGAAUGUUAUUUAACAGAACAUGUUUAUGUUUAAACCAUUCAGAUUUUAGUAGGAAAAUCUAAAAAUCAUGUAGCAUUUAUGAGAACAACUUAGACCGUUUCUGCUGUUUAUAGCAUUUCCAUAAAUUAUUACAGUAAUAUUUGCAUGCAACAACCUUGCAAAGUAGGCUGUUUUUCGUAUUGUCAUAUUGCAGAUAUACUGAGAGAAAAUAGUGACUUGCUUAAAGCUACCUAGGAAGUUCAAGGCCACCAGGACGAGGCCAUGAGACAUGAACCAGUGGCAUUCUGGUCCAAAACACACACUCUUAAUCAUGAUGGUACAUCAACUUAUGUGUGGCAGCAGUGGCCCAGUGGAAGUCUGGUGCUGGCAAAUAAUUGCUGCUGCUCCACUAGUUGCACAUGGUCUGAGAACUUAAUUUUUGCUUCAGUGCUUUCCCCCCUCACUUUUCCCCCUCUUUCCCUUUCCUUGGUGAAUCACAGAUACCCGUGUAUGAUACUUUGCCAUCUUUACCUGUGCUGUUCAUUACAUAGAAUUUUCACAAUGUCAAUGCGAAACCUGUUGAAGUUCAACAAUUACUCAUGUUUUUUAGUUAAUAUUUUUGUGGUCACCAUGUUAAAUUAACACAAGGGGAAGAAUAUUGUGUUCCUACUGACAUUGGUAAGGGACCCAGGUGGCGCUGUGGGUUAAACCACAGAGUCUAGGGCUUGCUGAUCAGAAGGUCGGCGGUUCGAAUCCCUGCAACGGGGUGAGCUCCCGUUGCUUGGUCCCAGCUCCUGCCCACCUAGCAGUUUGAAAGCACAUCAAAGUGCAAGUAGAUAAAUAGGGACAGCUCCAGCGGGAAGGUAAACGGCGUUUCCGUGCUCUGGUUCGCCAGAAGCAGCUUUGUCAUGCUGGCCACAUGACCCGGAAGCUGUCUGCGGACAAACGCCGGCUCCCUCGGCCUAUAGAGCGAGAUGAGCGCCGCAACCCCAGAGUCGGACACGACUGGACCUGAUGGUCAGGGGCCCCUUUACCUUACUGACAUUGGUAGGGUUCUGCAUUCCAUCUGUGUUCUAACUUGUGGUGCAAAGUGUUGUCGAGUUUUGUUGUGCCAGCCGUCAUCCACAGUGCAGUAUCAUAGUCAUAUGAAGUAAUCAAAUGGAUUACUGAAAUCUUGCCUUCUCACAUGGGGAGUAGAAAAUGCAUAUGUUCAGCGGGAUAGGGGCAUAGCUGCCAAGUAUCCCGUAUCCGCCGGGAAAACCCCUUUUUUCUUACCGUUUCCCGGCGGUCUCCCGUUUGGCGGAAAAUCCCGACAUUGUCCCUUUAAUUUGCUUCUUCCCGGCGGCCAUUUUUCUGGUGCCGCUUUGCCCUUCUAUGGGCACCAGAAAAUGGCGGUGCCGGCGCCGGAAGUCGCUUCCGCGCAUGACCGGAAGUUGCGUGACGCGACUUCCGGUUGCGGUUUGCCCUUCUAUGGGC